AUGUACAAUGCCAUCAGGCUGAUUCGCAAAUCUCUUCAGAAAAUCGAACAGCGGAGAUGUAUGACUUUUAAUCGUACGAAGAAUGAGCAUCCCAUGAAAGAACGCGAGGAAUUAAAGUACAUUCGAAGAUGUCGAGUUGCUAUCGUCGGUCUUGGCGGAGUCGGCAAGUCCUUGGCACACUUGUUGAAGACAUAUCCAGGUGGUCUUACCGAGCUUCGACUUUGCAAUCGAAGCGAUCCAGAGGGAAUCGUAGAAGAGCUAAAUCAUAUACCUACAAGAUUGCCAGUUCGAGGAUUUAAGGGUAUAGAUAGGCUGCCCUUGGGCUUACAAAACGCCGAUUUAGUCAUCGUGACUGCAGGAGUGGCCAGAAGACCUGGCAUGCAAAGAAGGCAACUGUUCACGGAAAAUGCUGCAAUCUGCAGAGAUAUAAUCAAUAUCUGCGCAGACAGAUGUCCUGAUGCUCUGAUAGCCAUAGUAACGAAUCCUUUGGACUCGAUGGUGCCAGUUGCGGCGGCAGUCUUAAAGAAACGCGGGGUUUAUCGGCCUGAAAAGCUCUUUGGCGUCUGUCAGAUCGACCAGAUGCGAGCGGGACGUUUCUACGCGGAGGCCAUUGGACAGGAACCGAGAAAGACUUACGUUCCUGUCGUGGGUGGUCACGCGGAGAACACUACAGUUCCUUUAUUUUCUAAAGCGAGACCGAAUGUUCCUUUGACGGAGGAGGAAACCAGAACUUUGAUCCAGCUUGUACGAAAUGCUGGAAAAAAGGUCGUUCAAGCAAAGAAGGGGGCAGGCGGGUCUACGUAUUCAAUGGCAUCAGCGACGUUGAACUUCGUUCAUAAAUUAUGCCGUGCCAUUCAUCACGAGCCGCAUGUGAUCCUUUCCGCUUAUGUAGAGUCAACGGUGACUAGCGCGCGUUUUUUCUCCAACGAAUUGCUACUCGGACCACGUGGCAUUCACAGGAAUCUCGGAUACGGUACAGUCACAAAGUUCGAACAAGAUCUAAUUGACGAAGCAGUGAUAGUCCUUCAGCGAGAUAUUGCAUUGGCCGAUGAUUUCAUCAAGAAGAAUGUAUAA